AUGACGACGAACCCUUCCCCGCCGCCCGGGACGUCCCCGUCCGUCGCGCGGGGCACGACGCGCGUCCCCGACCACGUCAUGCGCGCGAUAUACGGCGACGACUACGUCCCUCCCGACGCCCCGGUCGCGGAGACGACGACGACGACGACGACCGCGGGGGAGACGCAUCCCGCGAAGGGCGAGGGCAAAGCGGAAGCGUACGACGCGUCGCUGAAGACGUGGUGGAAGGAGUACGCGGACCGGAAGAACGACGAGGAGGUCGAGCACGUGAGCGACUCGCUGCUGUACGAUUACACGCACCUCCCGAGGAGCACGCCCGCGCCGACGAUGACGGACGACCGCGUGAAGAAGGUUGGCUGA